UCAAACAAUGUUGUCAUAACGUUGUCAUUCAAUUUAGAGGCUGUUUUAUUUUGUAUUAAACACAUAAAUAGAAAAUUUCUUACUAAAAGUUUUAUGUACUAGAUGACUCUAUGUCUGACUGUGAAGCAUACGACCCAAACAAUGUUUUCAAACGAUUCAAGUUAUUUGAGUUCCCUAUAUCAUUUGUGGGGUUAUCCACCACACUACCUCUGGACUUGGAGAUAGAUGUUACUACAUCUGGCUACUUUAAGACUAUUAAUAUGGGCUCUUUAAUGAAGUUUGACGAAGCUCGCGCCAUAUCUGCAUCUCAUCGAGCGUUCAGUAUUGAACCACUGAAUAAACGCACCCUAGAGAUAACAUUCAAGCCGACAAACGAGUGUAUCGCAAAAGCUCUGAAGCAAAAGAAGAUGCUUACCAACAGAUUUAUAUUCGACUUGCGCCUCAUACAAGUUGACGGGGUUCGCUGCUGCAACAAUGAAUAUCAUUCUGAAAUUGCCCGUUUCUAUAUUAGCGGUGAAUUUGAAUAUUGUGAGCUGAGACAUUCCCCGAAAAUACUCGAUUUCGGUGAGGUGGUUAUGACAACUAAAGUAUCCAGAUCGGUGCGUAUUAGAAAUGAGUCUAAUUUCGUAGCUGCUAAAGUAAAUUAUACAAAAACUACUGGCUACAAUGUAUAUCCAGAGAGUUUUGUUCUCCCGCCAAAUUCAUCGAAACGAGUUGUGAUUACAUUGAACCCGAACAGUCUAAAGAUUAAUAAGACGCUUAUCUUCCAAGUGAGAAAUCCUCAUCACGUAUUUGAAGAACCCACUAGUAGCGCAGCACCCCUGACUGACACCAAUUUUCUAUCGUAUGCAAUCAAUGUUCUAGCUGACAUUAUUUUCAACGGUAAGCCGAAAAUUGUAGUCGUAAAGUCAUUGCAAACUUUGCACGAACCACAUCCUUGCUAUACUUAUUUAGAUGAAGAACUGGUUAAGCGAAAUCAAAGAAUGAAAGUAGCUGAUCGUAUUUUUCAAUUGUCCAAAGUAGGAACAAUAAAAAAACACAAAGAAAAAUAUAGCUGUAAAAAACAACACUGUAUACCCGAAAUAACAGUACUAGGAGAUAAAAAGCGCAAUUUUUGUGAACAAUUCAUAAAAGUGGCAACCGCGCCAGACUUAUUUGAAGUUUCUUUCGAUCCAUUUUUAUUGGAUUUUGGAAGAGUUGGCGUGCAGACGUAUGGUGAGAAAAGUCUUACUAUUAAAAACAACAGCAAAUAUGAUAUGAUCAUAAAAUUUUUAGAAGAUGAAUAUAUUGUGUACACUGAUAACAAACUAAAACACUUCACUGUGAAACUAAUUCCCGAAGUAGAAGUUACUAUUACAAUAUUUUGCUUUGGAUUUAUCACAGGAAAUUUCAAAGGUACCUUUGCCUACACGAUAGACUAUAAGCAUUUUCGAAAACACAGAUACACUAUAGUUGUUGGUAAUCCUUUACUUCAUAUAAAAGAUACACACUUAAAAUUUGGCAUGGUUUCGAGCGAAGGAUUCGUCACUACUGUUCCAGUGACUAUUUAUAACAAUUUUAACGUCCCUGUUGACUUCGAAUGGGCUACGAUUGGGGCAGACGUACCUUUCGAGAUAAUACCAACCAUCGGGACAAUACCCGAACAUAAGUGCAAGAUAUGUGAUAUAUUAUACAAUUACAAAAUAGCCAAGUGUAAAACGUUUGAAGUUGAUUUUUACUCAAAAGGUGAAAUUGAGAAAGUGAUUCCUGUUGAAGUAAGCAUAUUAUCGAGGAAACUUUCAAUUAAAUUUUUACAACCGGCUGUGAUGUUCAAAGAUAUUGGCCUAAAUUUGGAGACUUUUGAAAGGGUGAAAUUAGAGAACAGUUCCAAAGAAAUAGCUUUGUUUCAUGUAAUAGAACCGUUACUUCCAGGAAUGACAGUUGAACCUAUGGCUGGAAUAAUUCGACCUAGAUCAGUUAUAAAUUUUAUUAUAAAAGUUAAAAUUGCAUGUGUGUUGGAAUUCACAUUUGAUUUGAUAAUAAGAAUUAAUAAUAAAGAAAAUGUUGGUCUAACCAUCGCAGGUAAUGUUAUUGAACCAAAGUUAAAUAUUCAUCCUAAGAACAUUUAUAUGCCACGGAUCCCUAGUUGCAUGGUGUCAUACGUUCCAGUUAAUUUUCAUAAUACUGGUCCAACAAGGUGUACUGUGCAUGUGGUUGACACAUUCGAUGAAAACAUAUUUAAUGUGUAUACGACAAACGGUAACGACAAACAAAGAAUUCAUGAUUUUAGCAUUGAAGCAGGACAAGCUAAAGUUGUAUUCAUAAAAGUAUGCGAUGUUUUUCGUAGAGAGUACGAUAUGUAUAUACCAUUCAAAAUUAAUGAUUUAUUGGGGCCCCCAAAUAACGACCCAUGGUCUACACAAUUAGAAUAUUAUAUUAGUGAUUACGAAAAACAGUAUGAAAGCAACCUGAAAACUAAAGUUAAAAGUCUUAACAAAGACAUUAGUUUCUGUCAUAUUACAGGAGUAAUUACUGUGCCUUGGAUAGAAUUUUCUGUAGAGAAAUUUGAAAUUGAAUUUGACCCAACAGGCGACAACAGCAUUGAAUUUACAAUGACAAAUGUCUCCAGAUAUUACUUGCACGUUUGUAUAUUAACAUCAAAAUUAUCCCCUAAUUUUACUUUGGAUUUGACUACAGAAGGGAACGAAUCGAUAAUUAAUGACACAAAUAUGAAAUUUGAAUUAGACAGAACCAGAGAAGCAUCUUUUCGAGUGACAUUCCAUCCUCGAUAUGAAGGAAAAUUUAUUGCUGUUGCGCCACUAUAUUUAGACAAGGCUCUGGCUAUACAAUAUUCUAAUUUAACAUUUAUUGGAAAACGUCAAAAUCCUAUAAUGAAGACUAAUAUCGAUCGAAUUAUAUUUCCUCCGACUUACGUAGGAUCUGAACUGUCACGUUAUCUCACGUUGAGAUUAGAAGAACAAUUUAAUGAUUUGGAAGGAUUUCAUUGUUCAUCAAAAGAAGAACCAAACGUGCAUGUUGAUUUCGUUGGUCAUGAAAAUAUUCCGUACAACGACGAGAUUCACACUUUAGCUGAGGUUAAAAUAACAAUUUGUUGUGAAACUACAUACUCCCGUAAUUUGAAGUUAAUAUUUCACCACGAGUGUGGGGCCACUUGCGAUGUCAUAAUUAAUUUCUGUUUCACAUAUUGCCCGUUAACGCUGCACGCACAUUCUCUCGUAGUACCCGAGGAGAACCCAUACCCUUACUUCCCCGAGAGCACCCAAAAAGAUUUUUGCACAUACUUAGAAUCUUGUACUCGUUUCGUUGAAAGAUGGAUGUUUCAACAAGGUUUCCGUCGAGACUUAUAUCCUCGCAUUCCAGAUACUUUCCAUGCCAUAGCAACCUCAAUGGUAUCUUCUUUGAAGGUUAAAGGAAUGAAUAUAUCAUUUUUACAUUUUUUCAAGAGAAUUUCAGGACCUUUGAUGAAACACAUUCAUAAAGUCUCACACAACUUUGUCGAAGAACCGCUUAAAAGUAUUCAAGAAAUUCAUGAUACAUAUCAACAAAUUAUUCACUUACUGCGAGCUCGGGGUGCUAACCUAUGGCUGCUACAGGCAAAGUUUUUAUUAACUCACGACCAGUUCGUAAUACUUUACGAAGCCGAGCCUCCUCGUCAUGCCGUUGAUAUUACUUUAGCGGAAAAAUUAAUAGCUGAUGAAUAUUUAUUUGACAGACUCUCCAAGCAAAGCUGGCUCGACUUUUUACUACAAAGCUAUAAAGUUUUUAUAAUGGAUAGCUGUUUCUUUGAAUGUGUAUGUGUCAGUUCUCAGCCUAGAGAUAUUAUCAAAAUAUUAAUUGAUUGGUACAACGAACAACUGCAGAUAGCGCAUCCAACAUUAUUUGGCAAAGAUAAAACAAUUAAGCAUAUUACUAACAUAACGACAGAUUUGAGUGAUGGUAUUGCAUUAAUCGCAGUUAUUGUUAAUCAUUGUCCUUUUCUAGAAGAACAUUUCUCUAUAUUGUAUGAAUUUGAUGAUAAAGAUCCCUGUGGUACUAUUAUUCAUAAUGCAUGUCUAAUAAUUGAAGCAAUGGGUUUACUGCGACUAUAUUUUCCUCUAAAAAGCAAAGAUCUUUUAGAGCCAAAUUUUCUACAAAUGUUUUUUUUGUCAAUACAUUUAUAUGUCACUCUACCGAUGUUGAUACCAAAAGCGAGAGUGGAAUUCAGUCCACCAUUAUUACGAAGCUCAACUAGACAAGUAACAAUCAACCCUAUGACACCGGAAUCAUUAUCGUUCAAUCACGUUAUUCUGAACAACAAAAACAAUAAUUUCAUCGUUGAAAAACUUCAUCCAGGAGAAAAGAAGAUGUUUUUGAGUGUCAAAUAUGUUGCUAACUUCGUAGGAAGAGAUACUGCCGUUCUACUUGUGCAUGGAUACAAUAAAACAAGAAUAUUUGAUACGUAUAUCACAUUUUAUCUUAUUGGAAAUGUCGGAGCUUUGGCUCCGUUACGAAAGUGUAAAUUGUCGGCUCCUACUUAUCGUCCCAACAAAUUAGACAUUGUAAUUGAAUCGCCUUUUCCCGUUACUGCGACAUAUGAUGUACAUGUAACUGAAGAAGAGCCUACGAUACCUGUAGUUUUCAAGGAAACACCUAAAAUUGGGUUUUAUAUAAGGCGUCUAAACCUCUUAGAUAAUGAAAUAGUUUUGCCUGGGAACCAAAAAGAAACGAUAGAUGCUUGUAUUGCUCAAAAAUUGGUUUUACAGUUAUAUUGUUUUAGUACUCAAGUUGGAACUUCAUGGAUAUGGUUUAGGUCCGCAGUAGGGGAGUUUUUCAUUAGAGUAAUGACUCAUCCGAAGUGGGAUGUGGCGCUGGAUAUUUUGCAAGCAAAAGUGACCAGUUGGCCGUUGGACCCGUGCAGCUGCGGUGAAUCCUGCGAAUGCUACCGAACUACCAUAUUAAUGGUACCACAUCGGAAUGAUCUAAUGUUAAAGUCGUUAAGACUGGCUCUGAACGAACAUGCGACUGAAGCUAUGAUGCAGGUCUAUGAUGAGUUAGUAGAAUCAACGACGGGCCAGAUAAUCCUGACGAAGUUGUUGAUUGAGGGUGGGACGAAUAUUUUGGAGGUGCUGCAUAUCCUUCGUCCGGAGAACACGUACUCAAUCACAUCGCGGACCGUGCUGCCGAGGUUAGAUCGGGUGACGCUGCGCCAGCACACAGACGCGGUCCUCGCGCUGCCUAUCACCAUCCCACCGCGAGAGAAGUCAGGGAAGUUUGCCAUCACAUUCAUGUCCGACUGCGGUAGAGACAUACGCUCGUACAAAAUACAGUUCACAGAGACUGCGCCUCUGACAAAAUUUUCAUAAUAUAAUUCUCCUGUCCUAUAACGCAAAGGAAUAUCUUGUAAAAUCUUUACAUUAUUUUUAAAGUAUUAUACUUGUUACAUUAUGUUUGUGACUACGUUAUGUUCUCAUUGAUUAAACUUAAUUAUUAACUUAAUCUUAUAACUAAUUUAUACUUAUCACAAAGUUUGCCAUAUUUAAAAUUAGAUUAAUAUUUUUUGGCGGUCUAAUAUUUUUAUUUUUACCAAUGGA